AUGAUCCUAAUGCUCACCGGCACCAAUAGCAGUAUCAGCGAAAUGAUUGGUACUGGAAAACUGAGUCUACCUUUAGAAACCAAAGGACCAAUAAUCACCAGGAACCUCCAAAACAGACUAGAGUCUAUCCAUUAUCGCAUCACUGCUCUGUUUUAUGGCUCAGCAGAAACAAAAUGCUCACACACACACAUAAAAAAAGCUCACACGUCCAGGGCAACUCCAUACACAGAACCUGAGAUUAAGAAAGCCUUCAGGGAGAAGGCGAUGGAAUUCCAUUCCAUCCAGACCAAAAUCAAGAUAACAAAGAUGUAG